CACGUUUAUUCAUAACAGUAUUCAGUUAUAGAGCGAGGCCUGCGCUGUUACGACUGGGUUACUCGCUAAUUCCAUCUACCAAAGUCCACAAUCAUGAACGGUGUGCUGUAAAAAUCCUUGUUUUAACAGAGUUCAUGUUGACGUUGGAUGUCAAAGUCCAGAUGGAGCUAUAUUUGCCACAUCAACGCCCGCUCAUCGACAAAAUAUGCGUAACGUACAGUUGACGUGGCAUGGCACAGCAUUGGCCUAUAAAAAAAAACUGCACUGCCGUGAAAAGGGAAAUAGCAGAAUCAACCACCACUUUGAAAUGAUAUUUUGAAGGUGAACAGUGUGAAUAGUGUUAACAAUGCUUGAAUAAUGGCGACGCGCUUCACAGGAGCCCGGUGCGGAAAAGCUCUGUUUCUGGGACUGAUUGUUGCUGGUGGUGUGUACGCGCUGCUCGCUCUAAACCAGGUAUCGAGAGUCCCGUUUCUGCGGAACACCCCUGAUAUCCACCGCCUCCCCGCCCACAUUACCGGCGGUGGCCCCGCUAAUUCCUCCUCAGCUGACGUGGAGAAGUUGCGAGACACGAUCAAGGCACUGGAGGCGAGACUGGACGCCGAGGCGAGGCGGCAAACGGACCGUGAAUCGGCUGCCAAAGGCCGACCGAGUGACAAACGCAGACCGCAGGUUUACAAGGACCUCACGGCCUAUCCGUUCAGGGAGGAUCCGCACUAUCAUGAGUCGACUUGCCCUAAGACAGUCGCCUCCAUAGCUCAGUACUCCAAGUGGUUCAAGGAUCGCUACAGGCCCAAGGUCAAAGUCUUCCUGGAUAAAGACGACGUCGGUAACUUUUCUGACAUCUCCAAUCAUGGUCUUCCAUUUGGAUACAAACGAGAGAGCAAAGAUCUUCUAGCGAAGAUCUUGACUCAUCCAAGUUUCACGAACGCCCCCAUCCACACGGCGGGUACAAGGAAGCAAUGCAUACGGUGUGCAGUGAUCGGGUGCGGCGGGAUCCUCAAAGGGUCUGGUGCCGGACCGGAGAUCGACAGUCACGAUUACGUUUUCAGAUUAAACCAUGCUGUGUCGACAGGAAGAUUAGAAAAGGAUGUCGGAAUAAAAACCAGCUUUUAUAUUUUCUUUCCGGAAUCCAUGAGUGUUACGAGCCUUGUAGACAAGGAUGCAACAUACAUCUACACGAUGUUCAAAACGUAUGACAUGAACUACGCGGUAAAUAUGCUCAAUAGAGAAAAACCACCAGAAUACGCUUCUGGCGGACAAAAAAUAGCUCUUCGACAGCCCAACGUGGACCCCGCCAAAUUAAAAAUCGUCCAUCCCGAUUUCUUCCGUUACACCUUCGCUGGUUAUCUUGAUGCAGUCGCCUACAGACCUACGACAGGAGCCAUGGUUGUGUUCCUAGCCCUUCACAUCUGCGACGAGGUUACGAUCUAUGGAUUUGGCUACGACCCCCGCUUCACUAUGCAUUACUACGACAACAACUUCGUCAAACACACAGACGUAUCAACUGGUUCUCAUGACGUCGACAACGAGCGUCAGCUAUGGCAGAAACUGCACGAUGAGGGCGUGAUUCGACUGUUCAAGAGAGACCCAUAGGGGGCGUGUUUUUAAUGCGGUCAUAACCCAAGACAUUUUAUUGAUAUGAAAUCAUGUGACCCAGAAACAUUUUUUGACGCAGUUUAUCCAAGUUCUAACGCGUUAUUCAAGCACAAUCGAAAACAUGCAAAUACCUAAAGCACACAUUUCUUCCUGGUACGUUUUGGUCGAACGUACACAGGUGCCCAGAUUUGGUCGCGACCAGUUCACGAUCGCACCCAAGCUUACCUGAGAAUAUCCAGCCACCGUGAA